AAAAAAAGCAGCGUUGGCUUCUCUAAAGAAAGAAAGAACCAUUUUCAUCUCCGGCAGCCAUUUCUCUUUCUAUUUUAGGCUUCUGUAAACUACCUAUCCAUCCGUUCAACUAAAUUUCGGUAUUAUUUUUCUCUAUUUGUAGAUUGCAAUCUUACUCUUCCGUUAUUUUUCUAUCUCAGUUGUUUCUCAUUUCUUUAUUUCUGUAAUCGCUCUGUUUUCAAAUUUUCAAGAUAAACAGAGUUGUAUAUAAUUAAUCCAUUCAUCUGAUUUAUACUUCAAUUUAUUUCCUUAAUUUUGAUUCUUCGUGGUAUGAAUCCGAGUGGGUCUUUUGGAAUAUCCACGAUGAGACCCUGCUGUAGACUCCUAAUCGGUUGCAGAGGCUCGGCGUUCUUCGGAUUCUUACCGCCAACAUGUCAACAUUCGCUCGCCAAUAACUUGUCAGGUUUUCGAUACAAAUUGCUCCAACAUCGUCAAUUACAUAGCAAUUCCCCUCGAAUUUUUGGUUUUAAAUGUGUAGCCAAUCCAGAUCAGAGACCUUUUCGUUCUCCUGAUUCGAAUUGGGGUCAAUCUAGGGUUUUCUCUCGCUGUUGUAAUGUUGGGCAAGAUAGAGGCACUUCUUUUAUUGCUAAUGUUGCCUCGGAUGUUCGACAUCAUUCCACGUCCAUCGACUCCCAUGUUAAUGACAAGAGCUUCGAGAAAAUUUACAUUCAGGGUGGUAUCAAGGUGAAACCUCUCGUCGUCGAAAGGAUUGAGAGAGGCGUUGAUGAAGGAAAAGGACAAGAACAACAGGAACAUGUACAUCCGGUAGAGACAUCUGAAGGUCUUAAGGAGACCGAGAUUUCCACACACAAGAGAGAGGUCACGGAGAUUGAAAAGGAGGCAUGGAAGUUGUUGCAGAAUGCGGUUGUUAAUUACUGUGGCAGCCCAAUCGGGACUGUUGCCGCUAAUGAUCCUGCUGAUAAGAUGCCGCUCAAUUACGAUCAGGUCUUUAUUCGUGAUUUUGUCCCGUCGGCACUCGCCUUCCUGCUACGGGGAGAAGGGGAGAUCGUCAGGAACUUUCUUCUUCACACUUUGCAAUUGCAGAGCUGGGAGAAAACUGUGGAUUGCUACAGCCCAGGACAAGGCUUGAUGCCGGCAAGUUUUAAAGUUAGAACUGUACCUCUUGAUGGCAGUACCGGAACAUUUGAAGAAGUUUUAGAUCCAGAUUUUGGUGAGUCAGCUAUUGGCCGUGUCGCUCCAGUUGAUUCUGGAUUGUGGUGGAUUAUCUUGUUAAGAGCUUAUGGAAAGAUCACUGGUGAUUAUGCAUUGCAAGAAAGGGUCGAUGUACAAACUGGCAUAAAGCUCAUUUUGAAUUUGUGUUUAACUGAUGGCUUUGAUAUGUUCCCUUCUCUGUUAGUCACUGAUGGUUCUUGUAUGAUAGAUCGACGGAUGGGUAUUCAUGGCCAUCCCCUUGAGAUCCAAGCAUUGUUCUACUCAGCUUUGCGUUGCUCCCGAGAGAUGCUAACUGUCGAUGAUGGAUCCAAGAAUCUUGUGACAGCCAUUAAUAACCGGCUCAGUGCAUUGUCAUUUCAUAUUAGAGAGUACUACUGGGUGGAUAUGAAGAAGAUAAAUGAAAUAUACCGUUACAAGACAGAGGAAUACUCUACGGAUGCCAUCAACAAGUUCAAUAUCUAUCCUGAUCAAAUUCCUUCUUGGCUAGUAGAAUGGAUCCCAGAGCAAGGUGGUUAUCUUAUUGGCAAUUUGCAGCCAGCUCACAUGGAUUUUAGGUUUUUCACACUUGGCAACCUUUGGUCCAUUGUUUCAUCCUUGGGUACUCCUAAACAGAAUGAGGGUAUAUUAAAUCUGAUUGAAGACAAAUGGGAUGAUCUUGUGGGACAAAUGCCUCUUAAGAUAUGUUACCCUUCUUUGGAUUACGAGGAGUGGCGUAUAAUCACUGGUGGUGACCCGAAGAAUACACCAUGGUCAUAUCAUAAUGGUGGAUCUUGGCCAACACUUCUGUGGCAGUUCACAUUGGCUUGCAUCAAGAUGAAAAGGCCAGAAUUAGCCAGAAAGGCAAUUACUUUGGCAGAGGAGAGGCUCUCAAUGGAUCAGUGGCCUGAAUAUUAUGACACCCGUAAUGGAAGGUUUAUUGGGAAACAAUCACGGCUUUACCAGACAUGGACAAUUGCUGGGUAUCUGACAUCAAAAAUGCUUUUGGAUAAUCCAGAGAUGGCAUCAAUGUUGUUAAUGGAUGAGGACUAUGAGGUUCUUCAGACAUGUCGCUGUGCUUUGAGUAAAACUGGACGCAAAAAGUGCUCCCGUGGGGCAGCCAAAGCACAGAUUCUUGUGUAAGCAAUACUCUGAUCACUCUGAAGUACCAUACUUUUAUACUGUACAGUGAAACGCCUGGGAAGAAAGCACAACAUUUUCAGUAAAGCACAACAUUUUCAAUCUGAAAAUGUGACAUGGAGAGGUCCAUCUUCACAGCAGAAGCGAAAUGUUGUCCUUAGAGGUCUUAGUGGAGUUGUCCAAUAUAUCGUACAUCUCAUGUUGUAUAAUAUUUGUUGUCUGGUAGAGCCAAGGUCAGUUAAACAGACUCAUCUUUUGAACACAGAUGAGGUGCUGAAAUGUGUUCAAUAGCUGAGAGAGACCUUUUUAUAAUUUAUUUUUGGUCUGUAAUCAACAAAUGAAAGUUGAUUCUUGAUGUGUUCGGGAUGAUUGGAACCUGGUUUUGUGGUUCCAGAGCUGAACACUCAUUUGUAUGUUAUUAACUUUUAACAAUUAGCCCGAUAUUUAUUAUUUACUUACAUAA